UGGCCUCUCUUCUGAAUCGCCUGUUACAGAUACCCGUAUGUGUUUGUGUUCACAAGCAACAUACUCCUGCAAGUAAUUGAGCUCAAACUAUCAUGUCUUCAUCUUCCUUGUUUUUCCAUUUAAAAAUUUUUGUCUUUUUGGUUACCAUUCUAGGCUUGAAAUGUCUCUUACCUGCAACGGCGUUAGCUUAUUCAAGCCUCAAUGCAGACAAAGAGGCCUUGCUUUCAUUCAAGUCUCAAUUAAUGAACCUGGAGCCUUCAAAACUCUUAUCUUCCUGGAAUAGUAAUAACUCCUCUCCCUGCAACUGGACUGGAGUUACCUGCAAUGAAUUUGGCCAGAGAGUCAUUGCUCUCAAUCUAUCAGGAUUCGGACUCGAAGGAACCAUCAGCCCCCAUAUUACCAAUCUUUCCUUUCUUGGUUCCCUCCAGCUCUAAAACAACAAGCUCAGAGGAACUCUUCCUGCCGAAAUAGGCAAACUCUUUCGUUUGAGAGUCUUGAACUUGAGCUCCAACAGCUUGGAAGGGAAGAUACCACUCAAUAUAAGCAAUCUGACUGAGCUCCAGGUCCUUGACUUGAUGUCAAAUAAGAUUACAGGAAUAAUUCCUGAAGAACUCACCCAUCUAACCAAGCUUCAGGUUCUGAACUUGGGGCGAAAUAGUCUUUCCGGUAACAUUUCACCAUCCUUAUCAAAUCUUUCUUCACUUACCAACUUAAACUUGGGCACCAACAGCCUCAGUGGAAGGAUACCCAGUGAUUUAGGCCGUCUUGGAAAUCUGAAAGUUCUUGAUCUCACCAUAAAUAAUCUCAUUGGCACAGUUCCUUCUUCCAUAUACAACAUGACAUCUCUAGUUAAUGUGGCUCUAGCUUCAAACCAACUUCAGGGUGAAAUUCCUUAUGAUAUUGGGAAUAAACUCCCAAAUCUUCUAAUCUUCAAUUACUGCUUCAAUUAUUUCACUGGAAGAAUUCCAGGUUCUUUGCACAACCUCACUAAUAUACAAGUUAUCCGCAUGGCACACAACCUUCUUGAGGGAACAGUGCCACCAGGUUUGGGAAAUCUUCCAUUUUUGCAGAUGUACAAUAUCGGGUUCAACAGAAUUGUUAGCUCUGGAGAUGACGGCCUUGCAUUCAUCACUUCUUUAGCAAACAUUACUCGUCUCAACUUCCUUGCCAUUGACGGCAAUUUGCUUGAAGGUGUGAUUCCUGAAUCCAUUGGUAAUCUUUCCAAGGUGCUCUCAAAAUUGUACAUGGGAGGUAAUCGUAUUUAUGGUAAAAUACCUACCUCAAUUGGCCGUCUCAGGAGCUUGACUUUGCUAAAUUUGACCGACAAUUCGAUUUCUGGUGGAAUCCCCGAUGUGAUAGGCCAACUGGAGGAACUGCAAUAUCUGGGUUUGGCUGGAAAUCAAAUCUCUGGAAGUAUCCCAAAUUCGCUCGGUAAUCUCAGAAAGCUAAACCAGAUUGAUUUAUCAAGAAAUGAAUUGGGGGGUGGAAUACCAACUAGUUUUGAGAAUUUUCAGAGUCUACUUUCGCUGGACUUAUCCAACAACAGGCUCAAUGGAAGCAUACCAAAAGAGAUUCUAAAUCUUCCCGGUUUGAGCACCAUCUUAAAUUUGUCCCGGAACUUCCUGGAUGGACCAUUGCCUCAGGAAGUUGGGGUCCUAGAAAAUGUUGUUACCAUUGACCUCUCUGACAACCGCCUGUCCGGCAAUAUACCUGGUUCAUUCAAAAGCUGUAAAAGCUUGGAGGAACUAUUGAUGGCCAACAAUAAAUUCUCAGGCCCUAUCCCAAGUACUCUGGGAGAAGUGAAGGGCUUGGAAGUUCUAGACCUCUCCUCAAACCAACUUUCUGGCUCCAUUCCUUCUGACCUUGAGAAACUCGAAGCCCUUCGGUCCUUAAACUUAUCAUUCAAUAAUCUGGAAGGAAAAAUUCCCAGCAGUGGGGUUUUUAAAAAUAUCUCUAAUGUCCAUUUAGAAGGAAACCAAAAACUCUGCACGCAUCUGGGAUGUGAGAACUCUCAGAGAAAUGGAAGACUUAACAAAUUUCACAUUAUCAUCAUCGCCCUCUUGCCCAUAAUAGCAGUGUGUUUAUUUAUUGCCCUGGUGAUCAUAACGAGGAGAAGAAAAACAAAGGCCAAAGGAGAUUCUGAAUCAUCCAAUGGGAAGCCUCAAAUAGUUACAUAUAGUGAGCUCCGUCAAGCAACGGGGAAUUUUAACCAGCAAAAUUUGAUUGGGAGUGGGAGCUUCGGGUCAGUAUACAAAGGAUGUCUUACAGAAGGAAUUCAAGUUGCCGUCAAGGUUCUUGACACGGAAAGGACUGGAUCCUCGAAGAGCUUUCUUGCUGAAUGCCAGGCUUUGAAAAAUGUGAGGCACCGUAAUCUUGUUAAACUGAUUACUUCAUGCUCAAGCUUGGACUUCAGAAACAUGGAAUUUCUGGCGCUAGUUUAUGAGUUCCUUAGUAAUGGAAGCUUAGCCGACUGGAUUCAAGGCCAGAGAAAGAACGAAAAUGGCAAGGGACUUUCUUUUCUCCAGAGAUUGAAUAUUUCCAUCGAUGUUGCCAGUGCGCUAGACUACCUUCACCAUGACUGUGAAAUUCCAAUUGUGCACUGUGAUUUGAAACCCCAAAACAUUCUUUUGGAUGAAGAAAUGACAGCCAAAGUAGGGGACUUCGGCCUAGCUCGGUUGGUGCAUGAGACAAGAUCCUCAAUCAGCUCUACAAUUGCUGUAAAGGGCACCAUCGGUUACAUACCUCCAGAAUACGGUUUAGGUGAGAAGCCAUCAACUGCUGGAGAUGUAUACAGCUUCGGAGUGAUGUUACUGGAACUCUUCACAGGAAUGAGUCCAAUACAGGAGAGCUUUAAAGGAGAGCUCAAUCUGGUUAAAUGGGUUGAAUUAAGUUUUCCAGAAAACGUGGUGCAGGUUUUAGACGCUGAGCUGAACAAUCUGCAACUUCAAAUUCAAGGCCAAAGCAUCAACCCAGAAACACAAAAUGAUUGUUUGAUAACAAUUUUUGGAGUGGGACUUUCCUGCACCAAAGAAUCACCUGACAGUCGCCUCAGCAUCAGAGAAGCUCUGCGCAGUUUGACAACUGCUAAAAGGCGGCUUUCUUAAGCAGGUGCCAAUUCAGAAAUGAGAAACCUAGGGAACAAUGAAGUUGAAGUCUUGAAGAUGUCUAUUUAUAUAUUCUAUGCAGAUUGCCUUUUUUCAGUUGUGUUAGCCUUAAAACUUGUUUAGCCGUUUCUCUCUUUGUUUUCUGCUCGAUUGUGAUGCAGUUAUAAUAGCAUAUAAAUAAGAUUGAUCAUCAAUCCUGGCUUGAUAUGGA